UAUUUAUUUCAUUAUAUAAAAAAAGUUGAAACGGAAAGAAUUUUUUUUAUGUCCUUUUCCACGGGGAAACGAAAUCGUCAAAAGUUACUAGAAUAUCUUGGGAAUAAAUAGAAACCAAUUACCGAGUGAAGAUAGCUUGAGAGUUACCAGGGAUCACACAAUCGACAAAAAUCGAAAUAGCAAUUCCAAAAAAUCGCGAUUUCCACAGCUCAUGAAUUUCUUAUGAUUCCAUGUUUUUUUUUUUUUUUUAUUAUUACAUAUAUAUAUAUAUAUAUAUAGUCAUUCAAACAUGGUUGUUCCUCGUAGCUGAGCUUUUCAUGCUCUCGUCCCUCUUUUUCCUUCUCCUUCCAAUGUCCGAUUAUGUUUGCCACUUCGUUUCAAGUGCAAAAAGUAUGACACAAGUGCAGUUACCAGGAACGGCCCUUGUAUGUCCGAACGUAUCAGCUUCUCGUUAUGUCGAAACGAAAACGAUGUAAUAGAAGGAUUCACAUUUUCCGCAACUCUCCUAGUUAGUGGCGGGUGAGAGAAGACGGUACGCGGGACCAGCGAGGAGGAACGAGACCAGGCGAUCCAGCUCGUUCACGAAUCGGUCCAAGUCAGUCCACCGAACAAAACAUGGACGCCGUGGAGAUAAAUACGUCGGAUCCGCCGCAGGGCGAGGACGCGAUCGCGUCCCCCGUCAAGAUAUGCCGCGUGUGUCUGCUCGACAAUCUGAUGAUGCGCGAUCUCUUCGCGGAGACCGAGGUCGCGUCCCUGUCGGAAAAGGCGAUGAGCUUCGCCAACGUUAAGAUGUUACCAGGCGACGGUCUACCAGCACAAGUGUGCUGUAUGUGUGCUGACAAGCUAGAGUCGGCGUACGAAUUUAAGUUACAAGUGGAGCAAGCUGAUAGUGUUCUUCGAGAGAAACUCGAGGUUGGAGGAAUAAUAAAGGAGGAAUUGUUUCUUAACGAGGUUGAAAUCCACUUAGAUGCCGAGAGGAGUGACAAUAUGGAUGAGAUAAACGUUAGUGCUGAUUAUGGAUCUACUGCAGUGUUGCCAGUGGAAUCGGAAGCUGACAAGAAUUUUCUGAAAAAUCAGUUAAUGAUGUUGGAAGCUGAAAAAUUGGCAGAGACGGGAGAGAUACAGCAAGGUUCACAAGACAAUUCACAGGAAAUUACACAUGAAGUUAGUCAAAGUAUUGAAGAAUUGCAGCAAGAACUAACCAGCGAGGAUGACAAUGAUAUGGCGGAUGUUAUCGAGGAAUCUAGAGAUGAAGUAUCCAAUCACGAAAAUAUUAUUCGAAGUUGUACCGAUGCGAUCCCAACAGAAGAGCAUGAUUAUAUUAUGCAGCAACAGUGUAUCCUGCCUGCUGAACAACUUUCGUUGCAGGAAGAGAUGCAGCAGAGCGUAUCAGUACUUGAACAAGACACAAUGGAACAUCAAGAAACAUCAAUCGAGCAGAAUCAACAGAUUCAUCCUGAGCAAAACCAAGAGAAUCAGAUCGAGGCAUCUCAAGAAAUUCAGGCUGAGCAAAACCAAGAGAUUUUGAUUGAACAUAAACAAGAAAUUCUGAUUGAACAAAAUCAAGAAGAUCAAGCCAAACAAGUUCAGGAAAAUGAAGCUGAGCAAAAUCAAAAUAACAAGGAAUUACUUAAGGAAUUGUUCAAGGAAGAAUUUAAAAUCGAUAGUAAUGAGCCAACAGUGGAGCAAGAAUCAUCUCAGAAUGAAACCAGAAGAAGUAAACGAAGAUUGGCACGUCGAAUAUUCACCGAGCGAGAUUCCGACGAGGAGAACUAUUUCGAAAAUCUGAAUCUCAGUUCUCGAUUGAAAAAGGCGCAAGCGGACAAGACAGAGAAGGUCUUUUACAUGUGUUAUUUGUGUGACAAGCAAUUUCUUUCAAAGAGCGUCUUGAAAGAACAUAUGCAUUCCCACGAAGAGGUAAGAAAGACAUUGUCGUUGAAGAAAACGCCAGAGAAACCGCAAAAGGUGCCGACCAAUGUUUCCAUGACGAAAACUCCGCCAUCCGGAAAGAAAGCCAACAAGUGCACUUACUGUGGUAAAGAAUAUCUGUACAUAAUCUCGUUUGCUAAACACAUUAGGCAACACGAGCGGGAGCGAGAGGAAUCUAAAGAAGAUCCGAUGCCGCUCGAGGUAUCGUUCCACGAGGAUGAAAACAGUCUAGACUUUGACAACGCCAACAGAUCGGAUGAUGAAUGCAGAAAACGAAAAAUAGGAAGUACAUCCGACGACGCCGCGAGCGAUAAUGAUCAAGAUAAGAAGAGAAAGCGUAGUUACGUUGAGGAAUUUGCGUGUGAUAAAUGUCCAGAGAAAUUCGAUACAAAACGCGACUUGCAGAAGCACUUGCUUACACAUAUUAGCUUCAAGUGCAGUGUGUGUAAUGAGGAGUACGAAACCCUGGAGCAGCUGAGAAAUCAUCGAACGAAACACGUGGUCGAAGGCGUGCUCAGCGAGCAGGAUUUGGAGGAGGACAUAAAGCAGAACAUCGAGAACAACGAUGGAAACAACAAGAAUGAGGACGAGGAGAAUAACGGCGAAUCUACUGAAGAAUCUACGAAGGAAUUCAAAUGUCCGACAUGUUCGAUGAUGUUCUCGCGCAAGAAAGCUCUCUCCAGACAUAUAGAGACGACACACUCUAGCACUCGUUCUUAUGAAUGCAAGAUAUGUUGUCAGCAGUUUGUUCGAAAGGAUUUGUUACGAAGACAUGCUGAACAGCAUGCACGAGUAAAAACCUACAAGUGUACCCAAUGCAAUAAGACUUUCGGCAACGAACUGACUCUAAGAAAUCAUUUGGUUGCCACGAAUCAUAAGACGUUCAUACAUGGACAGGAAUACGAUCCGAAUAAGCGUAUAAAACGCGUGGCGGCGAAAGCGGCGCAGAAGAUCAUCGAUAAGAUCAAGACAGAGGAUGGACUCGAGGAUUACGACGACGAUGACGACAAUACCGAUUAUAAGGUAGACGGGCAUUAUCGCCGUAAACGCGAUGCUACACCAAAGAAGUAUAAUUAUAAGAAGGAAUUUGAGUGUGCAACUUGUAACAAGAGAUAUAGUUCGAAACAAGCGCUGACGAAGCACAUGGAGCAACAUGUGAAGGAGGAGAAAGCGGAAAAGGCAGCGGAGAAAGUGGCGGAAAAGCUGAAGAAGGCCGCUUUGGAGAAGAAGGAGACGCAGAAAACUAGUAACACAGGCGAUAACGAUGACGAUGACGACAAUGAUUCUGAUUUUGAAAGCGGCCUCGACUGGCCGAUGGAUAGUCAUGAGUGCAGCACGUGCAAAAAACGAUAUAGUACGAAGAAGUCAUUGUUGCGUCAUCAGUUGUUACAUGAGGAACCGAACUUUGAAUGUGACAUCUGCAACGUCAAGUUUUAUCGCAAAGACAAGCUGAAGGCGCACUACGACAAGUGUUCGGAGAAAAAUCCUGACCAAGUAAGGAAAUGCAAUAUUUGCGGUGACAGUUUCGAGAACAACGAGAUCCUACGGGAGCACAGAGCCAAGCACGUCACCGAGGGUAUUCUAACGGAGGACGAUCUGAGAGACAUCGAGCCAAAAUCCGAGGAAAAGAAAACAGGCGAGAAGACUGGCCGGAAGAGAAGAACCGACAUCGUGGGACUCGAGUGUACCGAAUGUAAUAAACAGUACACUUCCCGAAAGGGUUUGCUGCGGCACAUUCAAGUGCACGAGGGUAAGAAGUACCUAUGCGACAUAUGUCCAAAGAAGUUUUACCGACGAGAACAUCUGAAGAUCCACGUGGCCAAGCACAACAUGGUCAAACCGUACAAAUGCACCCGUUGUACCAAACGUUUCAUCAAGGAGGAACAGCUCAACAAUCAUCUACCCAAACACGACCGCACUUUCAAAAAAAACAAGGAGACCGACAGCUCGAAAAGAUUUCUGUGCGAGAUCUGUAGCAAGAGCUUUACGCAGUCGACGACACUGAUAGCGCAUUUGCGCGCCCACAACGGCAUCAAGCCGUUUGUGUGCGAGGUGUGCUCCAGGCCGUUCACCACCAAUGCGUAUUUGAAAAUGCAUAUGCGCACGCACACGCAGGAACGCCCGUACAUUUGUCAGUAUUGCUCGCGAGCAUUCGCGCGUGCUGACACGUUAGCAAAUCAUUUGACGUCACAUACCGGCGAGGCCAAAUAUCACUGCAAGUGUUGUCCAAAGAACUUUCGACGACUGAAGUCAUUAAAGGAACACAUGUUUAUUCACACGGGUCAACGACCUUACGAAUGUCCGACUUGCGAUAGGAAGUUCAACAAUAAUGGCAGUCGCUAUGCGCACAGUAAGCGUUGCAAACAGAACCUUUUGCAGAAUCAGAACCGAGCGCAGCAGAUGAUUCAACAAACGCAGCAGCAACAACAGCAACAGCAGCAGCAGGUGCAGCAGCCUCAGCCUCAGCCGCAACCAAUGCAGAUACAGGUACAACAGGCGCAACCACAUCCAGUCAGGCUGCAUCAGGCUACAAUCGGUCAAGCGCAAGUAGUCAAGGCACAGAAUAUCAAGACAAUCGCUAUAGCGAGACAGGCCGACCCUACCACGGUCGCCACGACGCAACAAGUUAUACAGCAUCAGGAGUUAAUAAUGCCUCUAAUCUUACCACUUACCGUCACUCUUACCGACGUUGGUGAGGAGGUAAUACUACCCGAAGGUACAAAGAUAUUCACCACCACUUAAUUGAGUUAUCUCUUUUUCCAUUAUGAUAUAAGAAAAAAAAAGAGAUAUACUAUUCGACGAUGAAAGUGCACCUUGAUGAUUGCUCAAGUUGAAUAAAUUGAGCGUUCUAUUCUUCUGUGACUCUUCCGUUUUCAUCCCUGUAAUUUUGAUGCUAGAAAAUCGGAAGUGUGAUGCUUCAUGAUGAGAUAUCGUGCGUUAUCAAAGGAUUUUCUUAGAUUGGACAAGAAAGGGUACGAUGCUCCAUUAGAUAUACUGUUAUGCGAAACGUACGAUUUAAUAUAGAGAAGAGAAAGAAAGAGAGAGUGUACAUCAUUUUAAUUAUGUAUGAAACGUUAUAUUGAAAUUUAUUUUUGCAACGGUGAAGGUAUUAUAAAAAGCGAUAUAUGUAUAAUUUAUCUAGAAGUUUUAGCUAUAUGUACCUUUCCAUAAUAUAACGUGUAUUACCGAGAAUGAAUAAUGUAAACGUUUUUGACAAAUCAUGAAAAGACAAAAAAUAAAGAUGUCUUUAUCAUGAACGUGCGUUGUAUAUGUAAAAUAGUUGGAUUUUCUUUGAGAGACAUAAUAUGGAUAUAAGAGAGUAGUUUUUAAAUACUUAAAGUUUAAUGUAUUAAGUAAUAAGACUUGUUCCAGAAAUCUUACUUUCACUUUUUUUAAUCGAAUACUUUCAUUAAAAAAUCGAUUGCAAAAAUAGUUUGAAUGUUAUCAAUCUUAUCGUUUUUAUUAUAAUUAUUAAUUAUACUACGUAAUUAUAUAAUUAUAUAAUUGUAAUCAUAUAAUAGUAAUUAUAUAAUUAUAACAUUAUAUUGUAUACAAUGAAAUUAUAAUAAUUGAUAAACUAGAAAUACAGCGAUUCUAACGAAUUGAAUAACGAAUUGUAAUCUGGCAUCAUAUAAGAGUUUCUUGGAUCUUUAUCCAAAUUUUUUUUCUUAAAACUGAUUUUCUUGACUUUGAUCUUCUUUUCUAUAUGUUUAAUCAAUAUUAUAUUUCAAUUGUAUAUUGCUAUAUUGUGUUAAUAUUGUGUUAAUAUUAAUUCUUAUUAGAAUCUGUUGUCUUAUAUAGAAUCUGUUAAGUGAUGUCAUGCUGUGUUUUCUGGAAUUGAUUCGUAUGAACGUUUAGUUCGCAUAUCUGUUAUAUUUACAACAAACAGUUCUUCGUACAAAAUUCUAUACAAUUUAGUAAUUUUGUUUCCACUAAAGCGUAUGAUAAACGAAAUGACAAAGGUUUCAAAAAUUAUAAAUUUUAUAAUAAGUAAGUUUCAUGCGACGUGCUCUUACAUAUAAUAAUAAUAACAAUAAUUCGUGUCUGCGUAACAAUUGUAAAAUUAGUACGGAACUGAACUACAUGUAUAAAUAUACCAUAAGCAUUGUUAUAUGUAUGUGAGACAUGAUUUCUUAUUUAGAUUUUGUUGUAAUAAAUAAAGUAUUUGUUCUAAUC